CCAAGUUUUAUUCAAACAAAAGCCCAAAUCCAAUCAGCUAAAAACCCUAGAGACCGGAAAUCAAUCACUAUACUAGUUUGUAAAAAUUUCCGCAAACCCUAGAUCCUCUUCAUCUGCCGCAUCUCAGUACCUCCGCAGUUCACUGAGAAAUGGGUGAGGAAGUUAAGGCUGUGGUUCCUGAGUCACUCUUGAAGAAACAGAAGAGGGCUGAAGAAUGGGAGCUUGCCAAAAAGCAGGAGCUUGAAGUUGCAAAGAAGAAGAAAGUCGAGAACCGCAAGCUGAUUUACACUAGGGCUAAGCAGUAUGCAAAGGAGUACGAGGCUCAGGAAAAAGAGCUGAUUCAAUUGAAGCGGGAGGCAAAGUUGAAAGGAGGAUUCUAUGUAGAUCCAGAAGCUAAACUCUUGUUCAUCAUCCGAAUCCGUGGUAUCAAUGCCAUGCACCCGAGAACAAGAAAGAUCUUGCAGCUAUUGCGUUUGAGACAGAUUUUCAAUGGUGUUUUUCUUAAAGUGAACAAGGCAACAAUGAACAUGCUUCACCUGGUCGAGCCUUAUGUGACUUAUGGAUACCCUAAUCUCAAGAGUGUGAGGGAAUUGAUUUACAAAAGAGGUUUUGGGAAGUUGAACAAACAGAGAACUGCUUUGACAGACAAUGCAAUCGUGGAGCAGGCUCUGGGCAAGUUUGGCAUCAUCUGUGUGGAAGAUCUCAUCCAUGAGAUCAUGACUGUGGGACCUCAUUUUAAGGAGGCCAACAAUUUCCUCUGGCCCUUCAAGCUCAAGGCACCUUUGGGCGGUCUGAAGAAGAAGAGAAACCACUAUGUUGAAGGAGGAGACGCUGGCAAUCGUGAGAAUUACAUCAAUGAGCUAAUUCGGAGAAUGAAUUAGACGUUGGCUUUAUUUGUUAAUUCAGUAUUUUUGGUUUGUUUUGAAGGAUCCUGAUAUGAUUUCUUUUGGCCUUUUAGAAACAGUUUUGUUUAAAAGGAUGAAUAUUUUUCACGGUGUUUACCAUUAUCUUCUUAAUGAACUCUGUCAAAGUUUUGUUGCUUCCAGAUGGAUAUAA